AUGGCUAAUCUCAAGGGUAAGUCGAGGGUCCUCCAGGCAAAUUUUCACCAUGCAGCAGCUGCUUCUGCCGUGGUGGAGGUUUGCUUCGCAGAGGAAAACAUUGACCUUGCCCUCAUACAAGAGCCUUGGGUGGCCAACGGUCAAGUUUUGGGAUUGACGGCUGCCGCUGUCCUAGAGUAUUGCAAUGACGACCUGGUUACAGCCUUUAUAAAUCUUAAGGGUUGCACAGGGGCUAGAGUAAUCAUUUGCUCAGGCUAUCUUCCCGGUGAGAACCCAGGUCCUGCCAUUGAGUUAGAGCGAGUGGCGAAGUUCGCCCGUAAGCACAACGCUGAACUUGUGGUGGGGUGUGAUGCUAAUGCUCACCAUACAGCAUGGGGAAGCACUAACAUCAACGAAAGAGUCCAUCAGAUGUCCAGGCGGAUUACUGACUGGCAUGCUAGUAGUGAAAACUCGAUAUCAGAUCACAGACACAUUAAGUUUGUGAUUAGGGUAUCCACAACUUAUGAAACUGUUGCUUUCAGGGAUCCAAAAGCGACCUCCUGGGACAUCUACAGCGAUAGCCUAAGGAGUAAUUUAGAAACGUUUCCUAAAAGCAUAAAAACGAUUGAAGGUCUGGAGUUAGCGGUGGAGACGGUAACCGUAGGUAUCCGUGAAGCCUUCGAAGACAGUUGUCCCGUCAAAAACAAGACCUCAACACGAAAAGUUCCUUAA